UGAGUUUCAUCAUCCAUGAGGCAAGCACAGAUGUAAACUCAAGGCGGAUGCUGUGGUUCAACGAAACGCGUAACAAUCGUCGGCGGUUGGGCGUGGGCCUGGUGGUUGGUCACCGAUGUCCAGAGGCUCUCCUUGGAGGUGAUGACACUAACGCCGCAAUGUGACAGCGUCGAAACGGCCCAGGGAGUGCCGUUGACCGUGAAUGGAGUGGCGCAGUGCAAGAUCAUGAAAGCUCACGAGUUGUUGCACACGGCCAGUGAGCAAUUUUUGGGGAAGAGCGUCAAGGAGAUCAAGGCUACGGUAUUGCAGACUUUGGAAGGACAUCUCAGGGCAAUAUUAGGCACUUUGACCGUGGAGGAAGUGUAUCGCGACCGCGACCAAUUUGCAGCUUUGGUUCGCGAAGUGGCAGCCCCGGACGUCGGUAGAAUGGGCAUCGAGAUUCUCUCUUUCACGAUCAAGGACGUAUUUGAUGACGUGCAGUAUUUAACAUCUCUCGGAAAAGCUCAGACGGCUAUGGUGAAGAGAGAUGCCGAUGCGGGCGUGGCGGAGGCCAAUAGAGACGCUGGGAUCAGGGAAGCCGAAUGUCAAAAGUCUGCGAUGGAUGUGAAAUACGCCACAGAUACGAAAAUCGAAGAUAACUCGAGGAUGUUCAAAUUACAGAAGGCUAACUUUGAUCAGGAAAUUAACACUGCCAAAGCACAAGCGCAGCUAGCUUAUGAAUUGCAAGCAGCAAAAAUCCGGCAAAAGAUACGAAACGAAGAGAUACAGAUAGAAGUAGUCGAGAGGAAGAAGCAGAUAGAAAUCGAAGCACAAGAAGUUAUGAGAAAAGAGCGAGAGUUGAACGCUAUGGUUAGGUUGCCCGCUGAAGCUGAAAGUUACAAAGUUGAAGUUCUCGCUGAGGGAAGAAGAACUCAAACGGUGAAAUCUGCCCAAGCAGAAGGUGAAAAAACCAAACUGUUGGGUACCGCAGAGGCUUCAGCGAUUUCCGGCAUCGGUAAAGCUGAAGCAGAACGGAUGAAGCAAAAAGCUGCCGUUUAUAAACAGUAUGGAGAUGCUGCCAUUAUGUCCCUUGUUCUUGAGGCCUUACCGAAGAUUGCCGCGGAGGUGUCCGCCCCGUUGGCGAAAACGGAAGAGAUCGUCCUGAUAGGCGGUUCCGACGGCCUGACGUCGGACGUCACCCGAUUGGUCGGACAAAUACCUCCCGCCGUGAAUGCCUUAACUGGAGUGGACCUCUCGAAGGUCCUGGGAAGAGUACCUGGUGCACAAACAGCUCCCAAACCCGCCUCUGUUAAAUAAUUUAUCCAUGAUAUAGACGCUAUCUUUAUAAUGGGAUAUCUCUUCUUAUUCGGUUUCUGUGAUAUGACAUACAAAAAGUGCCUCAGUCAAAAUGAGGUCGUAGCACAUUAUCACUUUUUAAAAGUCUAAAUGUUCACUAGUGUUCAAAUCAGCAGUUUUUAUGAUAUUCACAUUCUUCAACACGCGUGACCUUGAUAUUUGAUGCAACGUGUAUUGAUAUUAGUAGUAAGACUCACAUUAUUUAUUUACAUUCUGAUGUGGAAUUUUCGAAUGUUUUACCCGUUUGCCAAUAUCUAACUUGAAAAAUCAUUUUGCACAUUAUAGUGUGUAUACUUUUGAAGUAUAACAUGUUAGGGUUCAGUUUUUAACAUUGAUUGCCACUUUACUGAGAACUCUCAAAAAGCAUUGUUCAGUAUGAGAUUAGUAAAAGGCAGUUAAGUUUAAUGCUUGCUUUAACUAUCUAGCGGUUAUCUAGAAAGUUGAAGCUAUUUUGCUUGACAACGAUGGUAAUUGACUGCUAAAACCGUUGAUGCAACGUUGUCACAUUAAGAGUUACAGUUACAGGCAACUGAUUUAACUUCCAAGCUAGAGUUACUCACUUGAAACCGGGCACAAUUCUAUGUGCCUAAAAAUGAAUGUUAUGAAAUAAUUGUAAAGUCUGGUUUUAUUGUUUUAAACUGUUCAAUGGGGUUCAUUUUUGCUAUUAGUCGGAUCUUUUUACGUGUGGUCUCAUACAUACCUAAAAAUCUUAUUUAAAGAGUUUUUGCGUUCCUGUCAACACUUUCGAUUGAAUCCCAAAAAACAUGUUUUCUCAUUCUUUGUUGUCAAAUAAAGUUUCCCCACAAAAAUUGGUGUACCCAUUUUAUGCAUCCAUGUUUUAAAUACCCCCUUGUAACAACUUGCACCAAUAAAACCAGACUUUACAAUUAUUUCGGGGAAAUUUGCUAAUAUGAUUAGACUAUUAGGCACAAAACAUAUGGAAGCUCACCACCGGUCAAUUUUAAUGAAAAUUCGUAUAGUAAUAGCUCAUUCAUAUCCGAUGGGCUCAAAUCAUGCGUUAUAUGCAGGGUGUCCUAACGAAAAUGGAAAGCUGUUUAAUAGAAAAACUAUUAUGAGAUUAUAUUUCUAAAUUGUUUGGAGUGUUGAGCAUAUCCGUACCAAACAAACGUUUUUUUUUAGUGUGACAUAUUUUCUUACCUGAUAUCCGAUGAAACUCACAAAAACACGAUUGAUGGUGUGACAAUAUACGGGAUGUUCCGUCCUAUAUAUUUUCAACUCAUUGAAAGAUACACACCUAUAAGAUAUCAAUCCUGUUGCUCAAAUCGUUUUCGAAUAUCUUAUUUAGCUUUUCCAUCGAAUAUUUUCGUUGGGCCGCCCUGUAUAUAUUGUAAGUUUUCACGUGAUUUUCAUUAUAUCGUCAAGUUCUGAGUACAUUAACGAGUUAGUUUUCGUAAAAUGGUGCAGGAAGGCGAACCCACAGAGCCUAAGGCAUCAAACUUUAACACCCUGUAUCUCCAAUAGAAAGUAUUUCUGGACGUUGCACCCAUUGACUCAACAAAAAGUAUCACUAUAUGAAUUUUCUUUAAAAUUAACCGGUACUAAAAUUUCAUGUUUUGUCACUCAACCAUUUCUACGUCAUAUCACAGAAACUUAUGUUACCCAUUGGAAAAUACUUAGCUUAAUAUUACCUUAAGGGUACCUUAUUUUUGUUACAAUUAUGUAUUCAUUUUUAAAAUGAAUUAUGAUGGAAGAUUAAUUAUGGAUUCGAGCAGUGAGCUGAAAAAAAAACAAAGCGCUUAUCUCUCAAUUAGCCAAGAGUCAUAUAUGUCAUGCACUUAAGAAAAACUAAGACAUGAUUUGACUACGUUUUGUUGAUGCACUCAAAUAAAGUCAAACAAACAAAAAUGUGUUAUAGGCAUGGAUUUAUCCGCAAAAAUAUACAGGGUGUUCAAAAAAUAUGGAUAGAUCUUAGAUGGACCGUGACCUUGGCUACCACCUGCAGUGUGAUUUGAAGGACAAGACAGUGUUCUUAAAUGAAACCCGUAUUUUUGACACCAGUACGUUAAAUUAUGUCUUUGCCCAUGACCUUGACCAUGAUCUCCAUAGGUAUUUGAGGGUGUCCAGACAGUGGGAAAAAUAUAAAAUAUCUCGAAAGAUACAGUUCAUAAAGAGAAAUGUGUAAUAGAGUGGUAAGGUUUGGAAAGAUUAACAUGACCUUGACGACGGUCAAGACAAUUGUCCCCUAUUUUUGACACCUGCAAUAAAAAGAGCAAGAAACUUUAUGUUCGAAUAUAAUCAUGACAAUCAAGGUCAUUUGAAGGUCAAAUGGUUAUCCUAACGGGAAACAUCCAUUUUUAAUUCCCGAGAUGCACAUUGCGGACAUGACCUUCAAGUCAUUUCAAGAGCAGAUAAAUUUUCAAGUAAACUGCUUACUUUUUGUCGAGGCUAUAAAAGAGCGAAACAUAGCAACUAUUGCAUUAAUUUGCAUUUCUUUCUCUGAAACCAUCUGAUACUUGGGUCCGAAAAAUUGAAAUGAUGAGGAUUUUGCUUAUCAUUUUUCCUCAGAACCCCGAACCCAGAAGUAUUCUUCCAGUAUUAAAAAUAAAUAUUCAAUAUAACGGUCAAAUAUUACAGCUUCCUUUAUAAAUAUUUGAAAAGAUUGAAUAAUGAAGUUAUUUCGAACUGAGCUUACUUCCCUAUUGAUGUGUGUCUUAAAGUAGAUCCAUCUUUUUAGUAUUUCUCUAUUGACGUCUCCACGAGUGCCCGCAGGAAUUUGUCGCAGGGAGGGAGGUAUCAUCGAGCACUUUUCGAGAAAGUGUACCUUCACCAAAAACUUUUCAAGUGCGGGAGGUAGCAAAUUUCCGGCCCAAAAUCCAAAAAUUGCACUCCCAAUCGUGCUAAGGACACCCAUGGACGUCUCCCACUUUAGGCAAUAAUUCCAUCAAUGAAAAACUUGUUUUUUUCUAAAAUCGUGGACCACGCAUUGAUUAGCUGAAGUAAAUAUUUCAGAAAUAUAGUUGCAAUUUAGCUUUAUGGUAAAAUUUCUAACUUGGCAGAAUUUCUUAUUUCGUUUUAGUUCAGUAUCUAUCGAUAUCCUGUUUGUUGAGAAUUGUAAUUUUUUUAACCUAUUAAAUGUAACGUAAUUUUAUAUAAUUUUUUUUAUCUUUUGAAACCUGUGGAAGCAGGUUUACAAAGUCUUCAAAGUAUUUCUGCAUUUCUGCUGGGUUAAAAAUGUUCUUUACCCAACAAAUUUUGCAAGUAUAAAGUUGGUUUAGAUAUUUGGAAGUAUUAAUUUGUGCAGAAAAAAUAAACAAAGCCGUUGAAGAUCAUAUGUUCUUAUGUUGUGGAAAAAUCGAAAUUCAAAAUUCUCCCUUGGUUCUUCAGAAGUAAUCUACUGACUAAUAUUCUAAGAUUAUGGUUGCACUUCUUUGUCACAAGUGUAAAACCAGUCUUUGAAAGCAAUCUAUAUGUCUCAGCUAUCUGCAUGAUGAGCUUAAGGAGCAUCCAAACUUAGACGCUGAAUUCCAAAUAGUUUACGUGCACAAAUGCUUGCGAAAUUUGUUUUAACACAUUUUUGACUCGUGUUAAAAGUAUGCUUAAAUGUUGGUGAAAGUGUUCAUGUAUGUACAUUAUAAGAUGUUUUUAUUUAUACCCUAGGUUUAUACAGAACGUGCAGUUAGUGCAAGUUUAUGGAUAAAUUAAUGUAUUUUUCUACUCCUAAAGCGUAUAUUAAUU